AUGCGUCUUUUAGAAGUCCUGUCGGGCGGGGACUUCCGCCUCACCGAGAAGUUCCUUGACAAUGCGAUCCCUCAAUAUGCCAUUCUCUCUCACACAUGGGGAAGUCAGGAAGUCAUAUAUGAAGACGUGGUCAAAGGAUCAGGUAGAGACAAGGCUGGAUAUGAGAAAAUCAAAUUCUGCAGCGAGCAGGCUGCUAGGGAUGGUUUACAAUAUUUCUGGGUGGACAGCUGUGCUAUCGACAAAUCGAGCAGCGCGGAGCUUCAGGAAUCCAUUACGUCUAUGUUUCGCUGGUACCAGCGCGCCGUGAAGUGCUACGUGUACCUGUCUGAUGUCUCGACGAGGAAGAGGAAAAUGGAUGACAACUCGCGGGACUCGUGGAAACGGGCAUUUCGGGAAAGUAGAUGGUUUACCCGGGGUUGGACGCUUCAGGAACUCCUCGCUCCUACGUCUGUGGAAUUCUUUUCCAAGGAGGGCAGCCGGCUUGGGGAUAAGCAGUCUCUCGAGCAACAGAUUCAUGAGAUAACGAGUAUCCCAAUUUCAGCGCUUGCGGGAUCUGCGUUAUCUUCAUUCAGCGCUGACCAGAAAAUGGACUGGGCAAAGAACCGCAAGACCACACGCGAAGAAGACUGGGCUUACUCUCUCAUGGGCAUUUUCGAAAUCUCCAUGCUAGUCAACUACGGCGAGGGGAGGGCAAGCGCAGUCAGACGGCUUAGAAAAGAGAUCGACGAUGCCUCAAAAGACAAAGAGUGCUUGCGGCACCUAUACGUGACUAACCCUCGCGCGGACAAGAUCCGCAUCGAGGAGACUAAGGGCGGCCUGAUACAGGACUCGUACCGGUGGAUCCUAGAAAACUGCGACUUCAACCAAUGGCGUAAUAGCCAGCAGAGCAACCUGCUAUGGAUCAAAGGCGAUCCCGGGAAGGGCAAAACAAUGCUGCUCUGUGGAAUCAUUGACGAGCUAGAGAAGCCAACAGCUAAAACGUAUAACCUGUCCUAUUUCUUCUGUCAGGCAACCGAUUCGCGAAUCAACAGCGCCACAACCGUACUGCGAGGUCUUCUAUACUUGCUCAUCGAUCAGCAGCCAUCGCUUAUUCCGCAUAUUCAGAAGCAGCAUGAUUAUGCAGGUAAAGCUCUAUUCGAAGAUAUAAAUGCUUGGGUCGUCCUAUCUGAUAUCUUCACAAACAUUUUGCAAGACCCGAACUUGGAAAGUACAUACUUCAUCAUCGACGCGCUCGACGAAUGCGUAGUAAAUCUAUCGAGACUGUUAGACUUUAUCGCACAGAAGUCGUCGAUAUCUCCUCAUGUCAAAUGGCUUGUUUCUAGUCGCAACUACACCUCCAUCGAGGAGCGGCUAGGGAUGGCCAAAAGUCAGGUGAGGCUAUCCCUUGAACUGAAUUCAGAGUCUAUUUCUACGGCUGUCAGCAUUUACAUCCGGCACAAAGUGUGUGAGCUGGCGCAAGAGAAAAGGUACGAUGAUAAGACGCGAGACGCUGUCCUCGACCAUCUAUUCUCAAAUGCGAAUGAUACUUUCCUUUGGGUGGCUUUAGUCUGUGAAAACCUCAAGAACAUUCUACGGGGAAGAGUCCGCGUGAGGUUGAACUCGUUUCCGCCUGGGCUUUAUUCUCUUUACGAGCGAAUGAUGAAACAGAUAUGCGAAUCCGAGGACUCAGAACUCUGCAAGCGGAUACUCGCCUCGAUCGCGACCGUAUACGAACCCAUCACUGUGAUUGGACUUACAUCUGUUGUCGAGAUGCUCGAAGAAUUCUCCAACGAUUUAGAGUCAUUAAAGGAAAUCAUUAGCCUCUGUGGUUCGUUUCUAGUCAUUCGAAGUGAUACAAUCUAUUUUGUGCAUCAGUCCGCAAAGGACUAUCUGCUUGAAAAGGUAUCUAUUGACAUCUUUCCAUCUGGACAAAGAGAGAUCCACUACGAGAUCUUCUCGAGAUCGCUCAAGGUCCUGUCCAGGACAUUGCGACGGAAUAUCUAUGGCUUAAGUUCGGUAGGCUGCUCUAUCGACUUGGUCAAACGGCCGGAUCCAGACCCUCUAAUGGCGUCACGGUAUUCUUGUUUUUAUUGGGUUAACCACCUGUGUGACUGGAACUUCGACUGUUACGCGGAUCAGCUGGUCGGCCUGCAGGAUGGAGGCGCAGUGGAUAUGUUUGUGAGAAAGAAAUUUCUGUAUUGGCUCGAGGCUCUUAGUCUUUGUGGAAACAUGUCGAAGGGGUUGGUUGCAAUGACAAGACUCGAGGCUUUGAUUAAGGAAAGCAAAGGUGGACCUUCCUUGAUCGAGCUGGUUCAAGAUGCACGUCGAUUUAUGAUGCAUAGCAAGCUGGCCAUAGAGGCCAGUCCUCUUCAGGCAUAUGUAUCUGCACUCCUGUUUAGUCCAGCCUGCAGCCUUGUAAGGCACUGUUUUCAGAAGGAAAAGCCGGAGUGGGUCAGAAUAAUGCCGGCUAUAAAAGACGGAUGGGGUGCCUGUCUCCAGACGCUCCAAGGCCAUCAUGACUGGGUUAUUUUGGUCACCUUUUCACAAGACUCUACACGGCUGGCGUCAAUAUCGCGCAACCAAACGAUCAAAGUUUGGGACGCCAGCAGUGGCGAUUGCCUAUUGACACUUGAAUGCUAUAAGAGCAUCCGGUCGGUCGCCUUCUCACAUACCUCUGCCGAGCUCAUGUCGGUGUCAGACGACGGAAUCAUCCAGGUCUGGGAUGUCAGCAGCGGCGAGUGCCUCCAGAUGCUGAAGGCUCAUAGCGGCAGUUCGGUCGACUCUGUUGCAUUCUCACACGACCUGACACGUUUCGGGUCGGCUUCACAGGACCGAUCAGUACAGGUUUGGGAUGUGAGCAGUGGGAAGUGCCUGCGGACGCUCAAAGGCUAUUGCGACUCGGGUCGCUCAGUUACGUUCUCAUACGACUCGACGAAACUUGCGUCAACGCUACAAGAUGGUACGGUUAAGGUCUGGGAUAUACAUAGGAGCCAGUGUCUAUUGACACUUAAUGGUCAUAGCGAUCAUGUUGUUAAAUCGGUCUUCUUUUCCCAUGACUCUACACAGCUCGCUUCUGCGUCUGAUCGAACAAUUAAAGUCUGGGACUUAAGCAGCGGCGAGUGUCUACAGACAUUUACAGGCCUUCACGGUCGAAUUUUAUCCGUCAUCUUCGUACACACCUUGAAACAGCUCGCGUUCACAGAACUAUACGGAAUGGUGAGGGUCUGGGAUAUCAGCAACGGCAAGUGUCUCCAAGCGCUCAAAGACCCUAGGGCUUGGAUCAGCUCGGUGGCCUUAUCGCACAACUCGAACCCGACACAGAUCGCGUUAGCGAGCAGAGGAAGAGUCAAGAUCUGGAAUAUAGAUAGCGGCGAGUGUCUACAGACACUUGGGAGCUACAGCGAUUCUGUCAACUCAAUCGCUUUCUCGAAUAAUGUAACACAGCUUGCAUCAGCGCAAGAAAAUACGGUUAAGGUCUGGAAUAUUGAUAGUGGCGAGUGUCUUCAGACACUUAAGGGCCAUUCCAGUUCAGUAAACUCGGUCGCUUUCUCACACGAGUCGACAUGGCUCGCGUCAGCAAGCGACGGAACAGUUAAGAUCUGGAAUGUGGAUAGUGGCAGGUGUCUUCAGACCCUGACGGGCUAUUUUGGUUCAGUCAACUCUGUCGCUUUCUCACAAGACUCAACAUUACUCUUGUCUGAGGCGAGCAACCCUACAGUCAAGGUCUGGGAUUUAAGCAACAGCCAGUGCAUUCAGACAUUCGAAGGUCAUAACAGUUCUAUCAGCUUGGUGGCCUUCUCAUACGACUCAACACGACUUGCGUCAGCGAGUAAGGGGACGGUCAAAGUCUGGAAUAUAGAUAGCGGCGAGUGUGUCCAGGCCAUUGAACGCCGUGAAACUGAUGACAAGGCAAUAGCCGUCACGAACGACUUAACGCGACUUGCGUUAGCGAGAGAUAGAGCGCUUCAGAUCUGGGAUAUAGAGAGCGGCGAGUGUUUCCAAACGCUUAAAUGUCCUAAAGCACGGUUCGACUUUAUAGCCUUCUCACAUGACUCGGCUCAACUUGCGUCAGUGUUAUACGACACGAUUUACAUCUGGAAUAUAAGAAGUGGCGAGUGCUUACAGAUACUUGAAGGCCAUAACGGUCUAAUCACCUCAAUCGCCUUCUCAAAUGACUCAACACGGCUCGUAUCUGCAUCUCGUGACUGUACGAUCAAAGUAUGGGACAUAAAUCACGAUAAGUAUCCGUCAACACUUGCACAAACGUCCAAAGGCCACAACGAACGAGUUAGGGCGGUCGUCUACUCAUAUGAUUCAACACAGCUUGCUUCUGCAUCAAAUGAUAGAACGAUCAAACUCUGGUGUGUCAGUAGUGGCAAAUGCUUGCAGACGCUUGAAGGUCAUAAUGGUAUGGUCAAUAACAUUACUUUCUCAUAUAAUUCAAUGCGGCUUAUAUCAGGGUCGGUUGACGGAACAAUUAUGCUAUGGGACACACAGAGCGGCGAGCGCCUCUGGUCACUUAAAGGUCAUAGUGAUUUGGUCCGCUCGAUCGCUCUCCCAUAUAAAUCAACCCGGUUUGCAUCAGUAUCAUUCGACUUUACUGUCAAAAUAUGGGAUUUAAAUAGCGGUACAAAUAUACGUACAUUCGAAGACCAUAAUAGUUAUAUCGAUGCGGUUGCCUUAUCUCACGACUUGACUAGGCUCGCAUUAGCUUGGGACGAUCAUACAAUUAGGAUCUGGAACUCUAAUAAUGGUGAAUGUCUUCAAACACUCAAGGGCCAUAACGAUAUAGCCGUCUCAGUCGCCUUCUCAUACGAUUCGACUCGGCUCGCAUCAUCGUCCGCCGACAAUACGGUCAGGAUCUGGGACGCCAGCAGCAGCGAGUGCCUGCAAAUGCUUAACAUUGGCAAGGGGCUUUAUAACGUGUCAUUCGAUAUCUCAGGCUCGUAUCUUUAUACUGAUAUAGGUACCUUUGCCGUUGAUGCACCGUUAGCUUCGAACACAAUACCGGAACAAAUAGAACGUGAAAAUUCGAGAUGCCUAGGUGUGGGUUUGAGUCCAGAUGGAGAAUGGAUAACGUGCAAUUCAGAGAAGCUUAUAUGGUUGCCAUCUGAGUAUCGGCCGCGGCAUUCGCCCGUGUCAGUGUCAGGGAGGACGAUCGCCAUUGGCCUUGGAUCUGGAAAGGUAUGGAUGUACACCCUCCAGGUCACCAGCUUUGAACCGUAG